AUGAAUACGAGACCAAAAAUAUAUUCAUAUCUAAAGAGUAUGCAGGAGUUAUCAAAGGAAAAAAGCCUGAAGAGGAAAAAAUAUAUUGGUUUAACAUAUUUGGAAUAUUGCAAAUUACCGUCCACUUUACAGGAUGAAUACUUGACGUGGAAUCAAAAACAAUUUCAAAUAGAAAGGGAAAGGAUUCAGUUAGAGAGACAGGGUGGUGUUGAGGGAUUAGCAAAGAAAAAAGGUAUGCAAGAAGUUGACUUUUUCAAUAGAGUUACCACCUGGUCCUAUCUCCAUGCAUAUACUCCGCAAUAUAAAAUAAAAGACAAAAAAAGUUUGAUAUUUGACAUGUUUAAUAGUAAUCCCAUUGGGGAUCCUUAUAGCAUUGCUUGUUCCGAUUUCAGAAAUGGCCAACUUAUAAAUAUACAGAAAAAAACCCACAAGGAUUCACUCUCAUUGAUUUCUUCAUUACUUAGAAUAAAAUAA